GCAGCAGUAUUGUGAGUAGCAGCAACGUGAGCAGCACCAGCAGCACCACCACCACCACCAGCAGGAGCAGCCCCGGGUCUUCGUCAGCACCUGUUCGCGUGUCCAAGCUGGAGGAUAAUGAUGAGAAGCGGCUCCUGGACGCCCUUAUGAGGGGAUAUGAUCGCGACGUAAGACCCGUCAGGAACGCCUCCCAUCCCAUCGUCAUCCAGCUGGGCAUCACCCUCACACAGAUCUUUGAUAUGGAUGAGAAGAACCAGGUGCUGACUACUAACGUCUGGCUGGAUCAGGAGUGGGUGGACGAACUCCUCAAGUGGGACAAGAACGACUACAACGGUUUGGAGACCAUCAGACUGCCUUGUCAGAAGAUAUGGCUGCCAGACAUUGUGCUCUAUAACAACGCUGACGACUACACGAGGGGUUACAUGCAGAGCAAAGCUAUGGUGGGGUACGAAGGCAAGGUCUUCUGGCCUCCGCCUACCAAAUUCCGCUCCACCUGCCCCGUCGACGUCACCUACUUUCCCUUCGACGACCAGACUUGUAUCCUCAAACUCGGUUCCUGGAUUUAUGACGGCUUUCAGGUAAGUCUCUCCGAGGGGCAUGGGCAAGGGGAAGU